UUCAAUCUUAUCAUUUUUAAAAAUUUAUAUCUCUCCCCCGCAUACACACACACACACUUUUAAGGUAACCUCUCAAACAGGGGGCAGAAUGUCUUCCAAAGAUACAUGUGGGAAACGCCAUCAUCCUGUGGCCAGCCUUUGCAGGAAGCUCCAAGCUAUCAACAUGAUGGACCAAGCUUCGAAUCCUGCCUUGCAGAUUCCAAAAUUCCAAUCAAAAAACUUUGACAGUCCACAGAGUAACACAAAGAAGAACCUAGAAGAAAUCUUGAAGAAAAGGACACUAAAAAGCAACAGUUCCCUGGACACCAACCUCUUUUUGCUAAGUCCUUCCAGUGACAACAUCUUCUCUCCAAGCCCUGGCAUAGUGCAAACACCACGUCAUCGACGUAUUUCGGAUAUUCGCUCCGAGUCCUUUUCUCUGGGUGGGAAUAAAGAGAAGCUCAACAAAUCAUGGGUUUUGGUAAACCAGAGAGGGAACGGUUCACCCCAUCUCAUUAAACAUGGAGAGUCAACCUCUGAUUAUCUUUGUGGCAACUCUAACAUCGAGCCAAAGGUCACAUCAUCUCUGGAAUGCAACUAUUUCACAUCGAGUCCUGAUUUAUUUAUCCAAGGAUCAAAAUCCGUACAGCCCACUCUUCCUUCUCCUCCACCCAAAAGAUUCUCCUUCGGAUGGAAGGUGGCAAUGGACAACAGAGACAACGAAGACUCUGACGUAAGUCUGAUUUGUGAAGAAGACCUACUGACUACUAUGUUUUCUGCAUGCGAUGUGGAAAGAAGAGGCAAAGUUGCCGUUUCUAAAUUAGUUGACUUCCUGAGGAACACGACAAGUCGGAGUUCAGAAGACAGCGGCCUUGAAGAUUUGUGCAACAUGCUCGAUCCUGAUCACAGGGAUAUCUCUAUGGACUUGGAGACCUACCAUGCCAUCAUGAAAGAAUGGAUUGAAGAUUGCAAAAGGAACUGGAAUGAGCUACCCACCAAGGAGGCAACCCCUGAAAAUAAUUUAUCAGCGAAAAGGUUGAACAUAACUUCUGGAAGCCUAGAAGCACUUGGCGGUGAUGUGUCAAGAGGAGAUUUAGAAACGUCUGACUUGAUUACUUGUGUAGCCGAUCUUCAGUUCAACAACCAGAAACUUCAAGAGGAAAAUGACCAGUUGAAGCUGGCACUGGAUGCCAUGGAGGAGACCAAUAAUAGACUGGUGGAAGACGGUGGGGAGCUGCGGAAUCAGAUAAAAAGCUCCCAGCAGUCUGCAAGUCAAGUAAAAACUUUAAAAGAGGAAUUGGAAGAAGUGAAGAACACUCUGGGUACCUCUGAGGAAAAGAGGCAGUUGAUGGCAAUCCAGAAUAAACAGCUUGAAAAAGAGAAUCAGUCCCUCGUUCUUAAGAUUUCUUCCCUUCAAGAGGAGAACAUUAGAAAUGCUCUUGAUUCAGAUGGUCUCCAGAAGAAGAUUGAGGAGCUGUCCCAGAAUAUUAGCGAACUCCAAAUACAAACACACCUUUAUGAAAGCACAGUGAGAAGUAAAGACAUAGUACUCCUUAAGAAGGAGCAGGAUCUACAAGAACUAAAGUCUGCCUUGAAGGAAUACACAUCGGUGAUAGAGACUCUGCGUGUAGAGAAAAAUAAAUUGUUGAACAACGUUCAGCAGAUGCAGCAAGAACUGAUCUCGAAUGGUAUCAACUUCCCCUUAAUCUACAAGUUCAACAGCAGCUUCCUGGAAGCAACCAAUUCACUGCACUGUGAACUGGAACUAGCCCAGGAACCAUCAGAGAUCCCUGGAAUUGAGUGGACAGCGCUUGAUGAAUCACUGGACAGAGAAGUUUUACUGCUUCUUGAAGGGCCAGAGCGAGUAGGAGAAAAGUUCAAGGCCACCGUUUUAAACCUGCGAGAAGAACUUUCUCAAGUUGAAGAUUUAGCAGGGCUACCUUUGCUGAACCCAACAGACUGUGAAUUGGAUCUGCAAGAAACUUAUCAGAAGACCUUGGUGGACCUUAAGAAAACUCUGCAGAAUAAAAGAACCCAAUGGCUUCAGAAACUAAAUUUUUUGGAAGCUCAGAAGGAAUCCCUGGAUAAGGAGCUCGUUAAAAUGGCAGGAAACAUGCGGAGGAUGAGAACAGAACAGCUACAUUUAAAGAAAACGCUUUUGUCCAGACAGCACGAGAUCCAGUCCACCAAACAGCUCAAAGAAGAUGCUUUGGCAGAAGCAGACGUCUUAAGAUUGAAACUGCAAGAGCUAACUGACCAAUUAGAGGAAGCUGGGAAGAUGGUUAAGGAUCGCGAGAGUGACUUUCACGCUGCUCACGAGGAAGUAGGGUCUUUACAGAAGAAGCUAGAAGAAAGCGUUGCCGAGCAAGGAAGCCUCCGGGAUAGAAAUACAGAUUUAACGCGGACUUGCCAACAGCUGGAACGGCAAAUUAAGGAACAAAGUACUGCUCUGGAGUCACUCAAGGAGAAGUAUUUAAGAAGACUGUUCUGUGGUGUACUUUGUCAGAGGUGUGCGUUUGAUCGUGAUGACAGACCUUCGUCCUGCUCUAACGUCAAUGAAGAGAUAAGAACAGAAGAGAAGGAAAGCUGUUGCUAUCAAAGACUAGGAACCCAACUCUCCUGGCCUUGGAGCACGUGCUGGUCCACACAAGAUAUUUUACUGCUAGAAGCAUUGUCACUUGAUUCUCUGCAACUGGUUCGAAGAAGCUCUCUGCCCGGGACUGUUGGAAAUCCUCAAAUAUUGUUGAUAUUUGGGAAACAACGCUUAAGAAAUGGAAGCACCUCGGAUAUGAUAUUGGAUGAACACAAGUGUAAUCACCAUUCGGUUGGUAACCAGACGGAUGCAGACCUGAUCUCCGGGAUAAGGAUGGAGGGCGACUCUCCCAAGGAGAGUGAUGCUGGCGCAUUAACAGAUACCUUAUUCAGUGAACUAAUUUCAUCCGAAGAAACUUCUGUUUCUGCUGCAGAGGGCAUUGAAGAAUCACAAGAUACGGACUCUACACUACUGGAACCGGAGGGGAAAACACAGCUCUCUACUUUACCGUUGCAGGAAGCAACUGUUGCUUCAAAAGAGGAAGCUCUAGAAGACGCCUCCGGCAACAAGACUGGUGAUUCAUCUUCAUGUCAGGAUCUGUCAAGCAGCGUCGUGUGCCAAAAGAACCAGGAUAUUGGCUCUCCCAACGAGAAAGAAGUGGAGGCAGAAUUUCUACGGCUGUCUCUUGGAUUCAAAUGUGACCUCUUUACUUUAGAGAAGAGAGUCAGGCUUGAAGAACGAUCUCGGGAUCUCGCGGAAGGGAGCCUGAAUAAAGAAAUUGCUGGCGCCUUAAAACUACUUGAUUCUUUAGCCUCUCUAAGCGAAGAUAACCAGGUGCAGGAGAUAGUUAAGAAGCUGCAAAAGAGUCUGGACCUACUGGAUCAGCAUGCCACCAGAAUCGCUAGCAAAGCAGAAAUGCUGGGAGCUGUUCAUCAGGAAAGCCGGGUCAGUAAGGCAGUAGAAGUGAUGAUUCAGCACGUGGAAAACUUAAAGCGUACAUAUGCAAGAGAGCACGCAGAACUGGAAGAGCUGAAGGAGCUAUUACUCCAGAAUGAGAAGUCCUUCAGCUCUAUGGGGGACCGAGAUGACUCUUCAAUUAAAAAACUCUCUGGUUCUCUCAAGCCCUCAUCACUACGCAGAGUUAGCACUGCACCCUUGCCUAGGAACAGUAAUGGAAAUGCAAUCGCUUUUUUGCAACUGGCUCAGAUGAACGAAACGGAUGGAAGCAACCGGAUUGAAAAAUUCAACAGGCGCUCGAGUUGGAGUCUAAGAGGAACCAAACAAGGAGAAAAACGGCCCUCGCUACAGCGCUUCAUCAGCUCGACUUCCUGGACAGAGUCGGAGGAAGAACAGCUUGAAUUAGAAGCUGCUCUUCAGGAACCGGCAGCUCCAGAGAUCCAGGGAGGUAAAGCACGAAAACUGAGCGAAAAGGAAACCAACGCAACUAAAUGGGGGCUACGCUCACUGUGUACGAGAGUGUCUUCUUGGGCCUCCGCUCUUAGGACUUCCUUCUCCGGGAUUAGCAAAGCCCUCUGUGCGUCUGUCGUCGCAGUUGUGCUCUUUGCCAUCCUGAUAACUUUUGUCAUGGGAUUUUCCUUCCAUCAACCUGUGGAAGCCUCUUCUGAGGGCACCGGCACCGCUUGGACCUCAGUACAGAAAUUCUUGUGGCCAUACACACGUCUCCUUCACCAUGGACCACCGCCUGUAUAAUUCAGCAGUAUUCAGAACGGAUUUUUUUUUCCUACUGCAGGGUUUCUCAGUCUUGGCAGCUCUUAAGGUGGGUGGACUUCGACUCCCAGAAUUCCCCAGCCAUUCUGGAAGUUGAAGUCCACCCAACUUAGAGUUGCCAAGGCUGAAAAAAAAUAAAAGCUCUUUUAGUGUCUGUUCAGCAUGUAGUCUUAAAUUGAAUAAUCUAGCAGGCAGAUAAUUGAUUCAUCUGCAUUGAUUCGCCUGCUAAAAGCAAUUUAGGUUGAUUGCCUUUUAAAUUUCUGAAUGUAGAGAAAAUGCCAUUUUAAUGCGUCAUGUACUAUUCCUGUUAGUAAUUUGGGACCACGCCAUUCAGAAACAAGAUUCAUUCUUUUCCAAAGUAGUUGCAAUCUGAAUGAUUGCAACUACUUUCUCUUUUUUUUUAAAUUUUGUCCAUCUUUCUCUUCUCUCCCCCCCCCCCCCCCCAAAAUCUCACCGAAGAGUUUAUAAAAACAAAAUAUUUUUUUAAAAAAAAAAAAAAAAUUCAGGGCACGUAGUCUAUCCAUAAAUGGCUUAUUUAUUUAUUUUUCUUUUCUUUUUUUUUUAAAAAAAAAGAUGUCCAAAGUGCGAUUUCUUCCACCUCUUAUUGACUGGAGUGUCUUUGAGCUCAAUAAAAGUUCUUAAAGCAG